AUGUCACUGACCUGUGGACAAGCACCUCACACCACUUCGGCAGAUUCUCCUGCAGUUGAUAAAACCUCUGUCAGUGAAACCUCUCAACCAAUCCAACAUAUUGUCAUUCCUGAAGCAGAAUUGCUUGAACUACCACUUCCUACUUAUUGUUGCGAACUGUGCGGUUUAACAGUGAAGACUAAGGCUAAUCUUAGGGCUCAUCAUGUUAAGACGCACAGAAUUCUGAAGAAUGAGGCUGAUGUUGCAUUUUUCACAAAACAAAAAAACCAUGUUACUUAUGUCUAUCAUUGUCCCAUCGUUCCGUGUAAACACAACGUGGGUUUUGAUGCCGGAUUUAGUACGUGUUCUCGACUGAAACAACACUAUCAAAAUGUACAUAUGCGGAAGACCUACAAGUGCGAACGGUGUGGAGGCUUGUUUUCCACACCAUCCAGUCAUGCAUACCACCUGCGUUUCUGUGGGAAUGUAUUUUCAUGUCCCGUCUGUUCGAGACACUAUUCUCUAAAAAAGCAUCUCGGGCAGCACUUUCGGCGAACUGGCCAUCGUCCGGUCAUUAAACCAUCCGGAUGCAGUAAGCGAGCUACCAGCAGAGGUAAUCAGUGUGAGUCGGUGAGGCCAAAGCGACAGCCUGAACCCACCAAUAAGAUAGCUGUGCCACCACCUGGUGCUUUUCAACAGGCACAAGCUCAACAAUCUUCAGCUCCUAUUUUGGUUCCCGUAAUCAUUUUGCCAGUGCCUGUUUUCGGUCCAGGUGCUGCCAACCUGCAGGCGCAACCGAAUGCGAACGCCACGUUGUCUUGGAAGCCAAAUGCGCAGACACCCCUGACUCUGCCUCCCGGUUUUGCACUUCCUGCCGCUCUCGGAUCCGCUCUGAGUACGAACUACCUGACCUCGUUCUUACACUCUGUGACGACGUCUCUUGCACAACCCACUUAUCUAGAUGCUUCUGAUCAAUUCGAAGCCCUUCAAUCAACGCCCGUUCCAGCUCCAGUCGUUGAUACUGGAACGCAAACAGAAGUUAGUGUACCACCGCAAGGAUCCACAGAUGCUAUCACGACAACCUCAGUCAAUACAUGUACAGAUGAAGAUGAUAUCACCGCUUUUAUUGGCAGUUUAUUCUGUGAUGCCAGCGUCGAGACUAAUUUUCCACCAUCAGGAGUCACCAGCGGGUUCAACGAUCCUUCGUCUGCGGCGGACUUAGAUAGUCUUGUGCCCUUAGUUCCUCGCCGCGUCCGUCCAGCUUCCACUGCAUCCAGCGAUCCUGUAAGUGUUGAUUGUCAUCUGGAUUUCAAGGCUUCCAGUCCAGUUAAACUGUCUACGUUCUCCGUGACUGAUGAAGAAGUUCAAACAAGUAUGAUGGUUUCGUUAGAAAAUGUCGCUAUGCAAACUGAUGGUAUCAAAAAGACGCACGUAUCAGCUGGCACAUGUAACUUCCCUCCCACACGUUGGGUUCGGGGUUGUUCCAUGAGAGAAUCGCUCGAGACUCCGCCGCCACUCAUGGGCAACUCCGAACAUGCCCGCUUGUCCUCCGAAAAACUUCCGAACUUUUCAAAUAGAUCCGAACGGUCUAGUUCCUGCACUGUAGAGCAACCCGAAGUCCUGGAACACUCCAUCCCACCCAUUUCGGCCCUGCUCAAUCCACAGAAGUCCCGUAACCCAUGCGUUAGCAUAACUCAUCUGGCUCAAAAGGAGAGCCAGUCUUGCGAGUUCUUGUCAACAGCGUUCAACAAUUCUGAUCAGUUUGGUGACUCAUACUUUCCUUCUUCGCAAUCAAUCGGACUGCAGUCUUCCCCGUGGCCUUCGUCACGUACUUACAGUUCAAUGGAAACGCAAACAUUCUCGGACGACUUGGAAUCAUGGCUGAACAGUGUUCACACACAAACGUCCUCAUCGGUUUUCGGAUUGGCUUCGUUUGCAGAUAUGGCUGUCGGAGUUGACGAGGAUUUUCUAACCGCUGCCCUUGCGACCGUGGAAGGUGAUAAAUGAUGGUGUUCCAUCCAGAUCUCCCUAAAGUAUUCUGUGAUCCGCUAUGUUUUCAUUACCAGUGCCAUGAUAUCUCUUGAACCCAUACUUGAACAGUCCCUACCGAAACAUCGAAACAUAUAAUGGGCUAACACUCUCUUUUCGUCUUCAAUUCACCUCAUCGCUUGUUUUUUCCUUGUUGUAGUCCAUUACUCGCUGUACAGAUAUUCGUAUAUCAAACAUGCACAUGACUGUUUCGGGCACCGAUUGGCUUCGCACAUUCCAUUAGGUUUCCAGAGGGACUACCAACUAUUGAUUUGUAAAUACGUAUCUUUACAACAGUAAUCUAGUAGUGUUAAAAAU